AUGGGGAAGAAAAUAAUGUUUGUGGGUGACUCACUGAGUCUGAAUCAGUGGGAGAGUCUAGCCUGUAUGAUUCAUGCUGUUGUCCCUGAUUCUAAAUACAAUUAUGUCAGGCAUGAUUCAAUUUCUCAAGUCACAUUCCAGGACUAUGGAGUUACCAUAUAUUAUUACCGCUCACCAUACUUGGUAGACAUAACGAGCGAGGACAUUGGGCCAGUGUUGAAUUUGGGCUCGAUCGUCCAAGGCCGUAACUGGCUAGGAAUGGACAUGCUCGUGUUCAACACGUGGCAUUGGUGGACUCACAAGGGAAAAGCCCAAUCAUGGCAAUAUAUAAGGGAUGGGACAACCUUGUCCCUAGACAUGGACCGCCACAUGGCAUUCUACAAGGGCUUGACCACAUGGGCUAGAUGGGUUGACUCUAAUGUUGACCCAACCAAAACCAAAGUCUUCUUUCAAGGGAUUUCUCCUACUCACUACCAGGCUAGAGACUGGAAAUCGGUAUCGAGGGACUGCUCGGGUGAACAAACCCCUUUGUCCGGGUCGACAUAUCCAGCAGGGACACCGGAAGAAGUUGAGAUUGUUAACAAAGUACUAAGCAUGACAAAAACACCCGUGACUUUGCUCGAUAUUACUACUUUAUCCCAGCUGAGAAAAGACGCUCACCCGUCAGUUUAUGGCGGGAACCCCUCAGGGGUUGAUUGCAGCCAUUGGUGCCUACCUGGGCUGCCCGAUACAUGGAACCAGCUCAUGUAUGCAUCUAUCUUAUAGUCCGACUGUAGUAAUUUGAAAGUUUUUUUACACACUUGUUGUCAAUAAAUUUUAUUUGUUUAAUUUCUUCUCCUCUACAGAGUGAUUUUAGAUGAUUAUUUUCGAGUGAUGAUAUUUGAUCAAUGUAAAAGCCAUUCAAGUUUAGUUUAAUGGUAUGAUCCAAAAGCGUGAAAGGGGAUUAGGGCAUGAUUGGAUAUAGUUUAUUUUGAAUUUGAUUUGAUUUAUUGAAUAAAGCGAGUUAUUAAAAAAAUAAGUUGAUUGAGUUUGGUUUGAGUGCAAUUUUGAGUUUGUAUUUAAAUAA